CACCCAGACAAAGAACAUCUCAUUUAUCCUCUUGGCUGCACUGUUAUUAUUAAGAGUCUGAGAAGUGGAAAACAAACUUUCCUCCAUGGCCACACGAACAGCAUCUCUUGCAUUUCUGUGUCCAAAAGUGGACACUAUAUUGCAUCUGGACAGGUCACGUUCAUGGGCUUUAAGGCUGAUGUUAUUAUCUGGGACUAUGAGAAAAAGGGGAUUUAUGCCCGUCUUGUGCUACAUAAAACUAGGGUUGAAGAUCUCAGCUUCUCCCCAAAUGAUAAGUAUCUGGUAUCUUUGGGUGGACAGGAGGAUGGCAGUAUCGUAGUGUGGAACAUUGAGAGUAAGGAGGCUGUAUGUGGCAGUCCUGCUUCAGCACAGAGUGCUGGUCACUGCCUCGCGAUCGAGUACACCAGCCUGAGCAAUGAAAUCUUUGUCUCUGCUGGGAAUGGAACUCUGCGUGUGUGGGAGCUUGAUUUGCCCAACAGAAAGAUCAGGCCCACAGAAUGUCAGACUGGACAGCUCAAGAGAAUUGUCAAAUGCCUGGAAAUCCCAAAUGAUGAUAAUUAUUUCUGCUGUGGAACUACUAGUGGGGAUAUUCUGAAAGUGAACCUAAAAACAAGGUUGCUCAACAGCUGUGGUCCUGUUAAACAAAAAUUCAGCAAGGGAGUGAACGGUCUUAAAGUCUUGAAGACUGGAGAUAUUUUAGUUGGAUCAGGAGAUGGGAUGUUGUCUUUGUGCUCAGGAAGGAAUUUCAAAACCAUUAACAGUGUUCAGUUGGAGGGAGGGGUGACAUCAGUGACCCUGCGUGGGGACAGACAGCAGUUCUACGUCGGGACAGAAGCAGCACAGAUCUACAAUUUAGGCUACACUGACUUCAAACCAGAGCUUAUUGCUACAAAUCAUAACAGUGCUGCAAAGGAUGUGGCCUUUCCUUUGUGA